CAAAAUAUUUCUUUUUAACCACCCUCCCUUCCCAAUAUGCAAAUAAGAAAUAGGGAUUGUACAAUAGUAACAUCCCAUUGGCUGCUGCUUGUCUGUCUCUAGGUCAUAGAGUCAUAAUGGGAGGUCAUACUGUCCUGGGGGAUUAGGGUUGUUCUUAUGCUCUGUAUUUCAGACUUUUGCCACAAUGGCCCUUGGUUUCACCAACUACCAGCAACCAAACACUCAACAUCAGCACCUUUCCUUAAGUGAAAUCAUCUCAUACUAUGUUGUGUGUAGCAAGGGGCCUUUCUUCCACUGGUUUGGAGAAUUGCUUCUGUGCCAAGAUUGGUUAUCAACUCUUUAAUACCUCAAAGGGAUUACUAAACAACAAACAACAAAUCCCUGUCUCAGGUACAGGUGCCAUCUUGAAGCCAGAUCUUAAAAGUGGAAUAGUCAGACAGAAUAAUCAUUUGAACAUCAAUGAGGAAUAACAUGGUAGAAAGAAGAGACAGGAUCUGUGAAUCUCUGGGACAUUGAAGAAAUCGAAUUGUCAUCUUUCUUCAUAGAACAUAAGAAGCUGCAUUCUGCCAGAAAUGACUGGUUAAUGAAUCUCAGAGAAGGCAUCCUUUUUUUGGAGAUUCUUGAAUCUGCAGGUAGAUUAUGAAUACCAAAAAGGGCCAAGAUGAUGAUGAAGAGAAUGGCAUAAAUACGAAGCCUAAUUCUUUGGGACAUUACACAACUCAGGGUGUAAGGAAGCUUUAUGAGAACCAUCAGCUCUGUGAUGCCACCUUGGUGGCUGAAGGAAGGAAUUUCCCAUGUCACCGGGCGCUGUUGGCCUCAUUCAGCCCUUACUUCUAUGCCAUGUUCACCAGACCCUUUAGAGAAUACUGGGAAAGGCACGUUGUGUUUGAAGAAAUGAAUGCUUCCAUCCUUCAGGGAAUUCUAAAUUAUAUCUACACUGGGGAAUUAUUGCUCACACCAGAGACUGCUCAAGAUCUCUUCACAGCAGCUAGCAGACUUGUCAUCCUCCCAUUAUUGGAGAUUAUUGGCAGAUUCUUGGCCGACAGUAUUUCUAUGGACAGCAGCCUAGGGACAUAUGCUUUGGCAUAUACUCACAAUCACCAAGCAUUGCUCCGUGUGGCUGCACGCCACAUUUUCUUGAACUUUGAGCCUCUUUCUGAACAUGAGGCCUUCCCAGGCCUGGAUCUUAGCACAGUGAUCAGCAUUAUUUCAUCAGACAAACUUCUGGUCUCUUCAGAACUGACUGUCUACCAUGCCGUGCAGCACUGGGUAAGGUCCCAACCAGCUGAGCAUCUGACACUGAUCAAAAACCUAAUGAGACAAGUCCGCCUCCCACUUCUUACUUCUGAGGAGGUUGCUACUGUUCAGCAAGAUAUUAUUGCAGAGUAUGGACAUGCACAUUUGCAGUGGGAGCAACUGGAUGGAGUUGGGAGACUCCUAAAGUGUGGGGGUCUCAGGCAUGGCAUGUAUGAUGACUGGAUUGUGAGCUUGGGCCUCUUUGUAAGCAACAUGCAAGGAGGAGUGGUUGAACGUCUGAAAACUCACUUCCUAGGGUUCAACCUACAGAUGGAAAGUUGGGAGGAGAUCCCACCAUUAAUGUACCUUGACUCCUCUGGUUUUUUGUCUGUGGGGCAUAAGCUUUAUGUCUCUGGGGGACAAAGGCUUAAUGGAUCAGUCUUAGGUAAUCUACAUGAGUUUGAUGCACUUACAGGUCAAUGGAUGCAGCUGCCAUCCAUGUCCAUUCCCCGCCGAGAACAUGGCUUUCUAGCAUGCAAGCAGAAACUUUAUGCAUUGGGGGGACGGAGUGGAAGAAAUGUGCUUGAUUCUGCAGAAAGCUUUGACUUGGUACAAAAGUUAUGGUCUCCCAUUGCCAGCCUGCCCUUUGCAGUGAGUCAUUUUGCUUCUGCCACCCUGAAGAACAAGCUCUACCUAAUCGGAGGAUUCUCUCACACAAGGGCAAGUGGCCUUGCUCACCGUGGCAUCCUGAUCUACAAUACAAACUUAAACAUGUGGAACCAGGUGCCCCUGGCUUUUCAGUGUUACAAAUCAACAGCAGUGACCAUGGACAAUGGGAUUUUUGUCAUUGGUGGACUAGUUGAAGAGAGCAGCCGACGGGAGACACCUGGCACUGUAAUCCGAGCUCUGAUCUCUGGCACCCAUAAGUGCUUUUUCCUCAGCAAGGAUGGUACUGUGAGCCAUGAUGUUGCCAUCCCAGAGCUCCCCAUCCUGGUCUUGCCACCUUGUGCAGUGCAAUGGCAACGGAGAAUUCACGUACUGGUAGGAAAUACAAUUUACCAGUGGAAGCCAGGAGAGUCCAGUUGGACCAGGAGUCGAAAAAGUGCUCCCAACACAAGGGUGACAUUCUUGACUGUAGUUAAUGGUGUGAUGCUGAGGGUACCAAAGAAAACUCUGCAGCCCCUUUUACGAGAUGCCUCAGCAGCACUGACAGCAGUUUGGGUAGCUGAUCAGCAGCCUUACUGAUGCUCUCCAAAUCCAGGUCACUUCCUCAGCCUUUCAAUGCCACCCAAAGGAGGGAUUUCAUCAUACCAAACUGUUCCCUUUAAGAUCAUCAUUUCUGAUUCCUUUAAAAUUUGAAUACAUUUAAAUUACAUGCUUCUCAUGGUACUUGAGAUGGAUGACUGUGACUGAGAUCAACUGCCUGGCUGCUGAAUAAAUUCAUUCCUACCACUCA